GGGCUCCGGUUUGAGAGGCGUCAGAAAGGGGUAAACAGUCUGAGGGGGGAAUUGUGAAGAGAGGAGGACAGGUAGCGCCGCAGGGAAGAAUGACAGAGAAGAAUGAUGAAAGAAUGGUGAAAGUCCCCGUAAGGUUCAACGAUGGACGGACUGGGAAAGGAGAGACCUAUAUGCAGUUCUAGACCCUUCCCAUGGCUCAGCCAGCCCGAGACGGAGACCUCCUCUCGGCUGUGGAACCUCACCGACUGCUUUUCGACCUACGACAAAAACACCCCUUACUCAGACAAACAGAAGGAAUACAUGGACACCAGAAAGCCUGUGUUGGAGCUGAAAGAUGUCCCCCCUCCUCCUCACCACACCUCCUCCUCCAAGCCCUUCCCCCUGGCCCAACUUCCUCUGCCCCCUCCCUGUCUGAUUCCUCCCCCUGUACCUCCCCAACAGCAAGACUCCCUCCAACAGCAGCAGCAACAACAGGGGGCUAGUCCCAAAGUAAGCGCGUGCACUCACUGUGAGGGGAGCCUCCAGCACUAUAGCACUACUGGUGGAUACGGGCUUGUCACUGGUGGUGGCAGUUGUGUCGGUGCUAGCGGUGUCUCGCUGUAUAUGCCCCCCUGCACUCAGGAACCCCCCAGCAUUAGUAGCAGCAUGACUGGGGCUAGUGCCAUGACGUCAGCCCUCCACUUCCCCAGUCGUGGAGGCGGCGGCGGAGGUGAUGCCCUAAAUGCGCUGCGCGGCUCUGGGAGCUACAAGCUCAACCUGCCCUCUGUGGCCACCUCCCAACCCCUCCCCUCGCACCCCUACACUCACCUCCCCUGCUGCACAGCCGGGCUCCUCCGCCCCCUCCACCCCUACCCUUCCACCCCUGUACCUUACAGCCAGGCCAGCCUCCUGCCUCCCCCCUCUGCCCCUCUCGUGGCCCCCCUACACAGUUCCUGCCUGGCCUCUUCCAGCUACUACCCCUGUAGUAGUGGCUACAGCCCGGCAGCUAGGGGGAGCCAGAGAGCCGGCGCAGGCCAGUGUGACCACCACUCACCCGCCUCGUCGCACCUUUGCUCUAACCCUAUGCACCUCAGUGUAGAACGCACGGUUUGUCUGAAGGGGGCGCACUACUGCCAGGGAUGUUUGACCAAGCCUGUAAGGGGCGUGGCUUCGGAGCCAGACCAGGCGUGGCCUGGCGUGGCCCCGCCCCAGUCUGCCCCCAUCCCCAUAUGCAACGGCUGCGGCACCUCCUCCGACGGCCUGCUGCUCUUGGGCACCAGCCUGGGCAAGGCUGCCACCAAGUAUGGUUCUCCCGAUGGUCCGGAGAACGUGCCCCCAGUGGGGGUGUUCUGGGACAUCGAGAACUGCUGCGUGCCGACGGGGCGCUCGGCGGCGGCGGUGGUGCACCGCAUGCGCGCCCGCUUCUUCCAGGGCCACCGCGAGGCCGAGUUCAUGUGCGUCUGCGACAUCAGCAAGGAGAACAAGGCGGUCAUCCAGGAGCUCAACAACUGCCAGGUUACGGUUGCCCACAUCAACGCCACUGCCAAGAACGCCGCGGACGACAAGCUGCGUCAGAGUCUCCGACGCUUUGCCGAAACUCACGCGGCCCCUGCCACUGUUGUCCUUGUCUCCUCCGACGUGAAUUUCGCCAGCGAGCUGAGCGACCUCCGCCACCGCCACGGCUUCCAGGUGAUCCUGGUGCACAACACCGAGGCGUCGCCUGCCCUGCUGCAGCACGCCCACCGCCACGUCACCUUCCAGGACAUCACCGCCGACCUGCCGCCGCGCAUGGUCGUCAAAUCCCAGCCCAGUUUGAACCUCCUCUAUGUGUACAAUCUCCCCACCAACCGCGACGGGAAGAGCGUGAGCGCCCGGCUGCGCCGCCUGUCCGACAACUGCGGCGGCAAGGUGCUGGGCGUGUCCUCGGGCACCGCCGUCAUCCGCUUCGGCAGCCAGGACGCGGCGGAGCGCGCCCGCAAGCGCAUGGAGAACGAGGACGUGUACGGCCGCCGCAUCAGCCUCGCCCUGUCGCCACGGCCCCCGGGCUUCGGCACUGGCGGCGGCGGCGGUGGCGACGUCCCCCCCGUCGCCACCCCGCCCCCGGCCUCGGCCGUCCCUCAUCCCCCCUCCACGGCCUCUCCGUUCUCCUUCCUGCCCCUGGAGAAGCCGAGGUCGCCCAGGAGGUCGCGCCGCACGGCCCGGCUCCCCCUUGCCCCUGCCACCGUCCCCGAGAGACCCUACAGCCCCAGGAGGGGGUGUAGCGGCCCCCCUGCCAGUGGCUCCCCAGCUCCUGCCAGGUCCCUGCAGGAGGCGAGCGUUGGGCUGGACCAAGCCAAGCUGAAGACGGGCUUCCACCCGGAGAAGGGCCGUUGCUCCUCCUCCCCCCACGGCAACGGAGACGCCCUCCAGCCCCCCUCCCUGCCCCCCAAGGCCAGCCUCGUAGGAGAGUCCAUGUACCGCCGAAGGGGCUCCACGCCACGCAGCAGAGCCAACUCCCCUGCCGAUCGAGCCACAGACCGGGGCUCCGGAGAGUUCCAGGUCAGCACGCCGUCGGCCUUCAGCAAGCUGAGCCUCCACCGGACCUUCAGCCCCUUGUUGCUGUCUCAGGGCUCCUGGUCCUCCAGGGUUCCCCCCCCGCCCUGCUCCAGGAGCGCGUCCCCCUGCCUGUCCAGCCGCUCCUCCCCCCUGCUGGGACCCCCCCGCAGCCCCCUCCCCGACGGCCUCCCUCAGCCCUUUGUGGACGGCGCCGACGUGCAGGUGGCCAACCUGGACUACCGCAUGUCCCGCAAGGAGCUCCAGCAGCUCCUCCGAGACACCUUCUCGCGCCACGGCAUGGUGAAGGGAGUGGAGCUGAGCCCCCACACAGACUACCAGCUGAAGGCCACGGUCCAGAUGGGCUCCCUGCAGCAGGCCAUCUGCGCCGUCAGCGGCCUGCACCGCUACAAGAUAGGGGGCAAGCGCAUCCACGUGUUGCUCGUCACCGGGGGCAACAACAAGUCGCUCGCCAUGCUUAGCUCCGAGAUCAUCUCCAUUCUCCAGGACGCUCCGGCUUGCUGCCUGCCUUUGUUCAAGUUUACCGAAAUAUAUGAGAAGAAAUACAGCCGCAAGCUGGCGGUGAGCGACCUGUACCGGCUGUCAGAGACGGUGGCGGUGCGGGAGCAAGGCGGCUCCAGGCUCGUGUGCCUCCUACCGUCCAGCCAGGCCAGGCAGAGCCCGCUGGGCUCGUCCCAGUCUCAGGAGGGCUGCUCCUCCUCCAGCGCCAGCCCCGUGGUGUUCGAGGAGCUGGAGUACCACGAGCCCGUGUGCCGGCACCACCACACCCAGGACGGCUUCAGUGAGGCCGACUUUGAUCCAGACUCCUAUCAGAUCCCGUUUGUGGUGGUGUCCAUCAAGGCCCUGUCCUCCCAGGUCCACAGCCUGCUGCAGUCCCACGAGGGAACCCUGCCCCUGCUCAGUUUCCCAGACUGCUAUGCAUCAGAGUUCAGCCCACUGCAUCUAGCUGAGGAGGGCCAGCUAGAGAGCGGGGUCCCGCUGGAGCACCUCAUCACCUGCGUCCCUGGCAUUACCAUAGUAACGGCCCAGAACGGCUUCAAGAUCAUCAAGUGGAUCCACAACAAACCGCCAGUGCCCAACGCAGACCUGUGGGUGCAGCGCUGCAAGAGCCCCGUGGGGAACCCCCAGCUGAUCCAGUUCAGCCGUGAGGUCAUCGACCUGAUGAAGGGUCGUCCCUUCUGCGUCAUGCCCGUCAGCAAGUUCAUCCCAGCCUACCACCACCACUUCGCCAAGCAGUGCCGCGUCUCCGACUACGGCUACUCCAAGCUGCUGGAGCUGCUGGAGGCCGUGCCCCACGUGCUGCAGAUCCUGGGCAUGGGCACCAAGCGCCUGCUGACCCUCACCCACCGCGCCCAAGUCAAACGCUUCACCCACGACCUGCUCAAGCUCCUCAAGUUCCAGGCCAGCAAGCAAGUGGUCAUCAGGGACUUCAUGCAGGCCUACCAUUGGUGUUUCUCCAGGGACUGGCACGUGACCGACUACGGCAUGUGUGACCUGAUGGACUUGCUGGCUGAGAUCCCAGACACCACGGUCACCGUCAUCCACCAGGACUCCGACACGGUCAUCUCCGUGCCCAAGAGAGAGCGCACGGCCGAGGAGGUGGAGAGGACCAGGCAGUUUGGGAAGGAGGUGGUGGACCUGCUCAGGCACCAGCCCCACUGUCGGAUGCCCUUCAGCAAGUUCAUCCCCACCUACCACCACCACUUUGGGCGCCAGUGCAAGCUCACCUACUACGGCUUCAGCAAGCUGCUGGAGCUCUUCGAGGCCAUCCCCGACGUGCUCACGGUGUUGGAGUGUGGCGAGGAGAAGCUGUUGACCCUGACGGAGCUGGAGCGGGUCAAGGCCCUGGCGGCCCAGCUGGUCAAGCUCCUGCGUGCCCAGCCGGACUCUGGCCUGCCGGCCAGCCAGCUGCUCGCCGAGUACAGCAAGACGUACGGAUACGGCCUGCGCCUGCAGGACUACGACGUCGGCUCGCUGCCCGCGCUGCUCGCCAAGCUGGGCCACGUGGUCAAGGUGGUGGACGGCGCGGGUGGCCGCGAGGUGCAGCUCAUCAACAGGAAGUCGCUGCGCUCGCUCACCUGCCAGCUACUGGCCCUGCUCAUGGCGCUGGGCGAGGGGGAGUGCGCGUCCGUGUCGGUGGACGAGCUGAGCGACCUGUACCUGCGCGCCCACGCCACCGCCCUCAACCCCUGCGAGUAUGGCUUCCUGUCCCUCAGCGAGCUGCUGAAGAGCCUGCCCUACCUGGUGGAGCUGUUCCACGAGGAGGAGGGAGAGGACGGAGGGCGUCAAGGCGGCGAGAGGGUGCGCCUGACCCGGCUGUACCAGUUUGCGCGCGGCGUGCGAGCCAUGCUCCACACCUACCACUACCACCAGAUCUUCCUGACCGAGUUCCCCGGCGCCUACGGCAAGUUCACGGGCCGCAACCUGCAACCCCGCGCCUACGGUUACUCCACCAUUGACGAGCUGCUUGGAGCCAUACCUCAGGUGGUUUGGAUCAAAGGACAUGGACACAAGAGGAUUAUCGUUCUGAAGAACGAUAUGAAAGCGAGGGUGAGCUCUACAGCCUCCACCAGCCCCCAGCAAGAGGAGGAGGAGGGGGAGGAGGGCCAGAGAUACAGCCCCUGUAGCAACCACCAGUCUGGCACUCCCAGCCCAGCUGGCAUGGCGGGUGAGGCGGAGCUCCUGUGUCUGGCCUCGCCGGUCGACCUGCUGUGUGGCCCCGUGCCAUCCUGCCUGCCCUCGCCCCAGCUCCGCCCCGACCCCGUCCUCCUCCGGCAGGCCGACCUCAUCCACUUCGGGGAGCAGACGCCCCCUCCUCCUACCCCUCCACCCUCAGAGGACGAUGGGCCUGAGGGAAGUGCUGAUGAGGUGGAUCCCCCCUCCAGAGUCUGUGACCAGCCCCCCAAACCUGAACCCCCCCCUGCUGUGUGCGGCCAGCCCGAGGAUGCAGCAGCAGCGCCCAAGCCCCCCAAGGCCCCGGCCCACAUCCACACCUCGGUGGACAGCCCUAGCAAGAGGGCUCCGCGCAACAAAGUGAGGCUGGCUGCCAACUUCUCCUUCAGCGUUGCCCCUUGACCUCACAAACACGAGCUUACACACACACACAGCUGACAUGCACAACUCUAUAAAGAAGAGUUGAAAACGGCCCAGAGAGCUUUUCCUAUAUGCCCUUUUUCUGACGAGGCAACACAAUACCUGGUGCCUCUUCUGUUGCCAAUGUAUCAUUUGAAAGUCGGUGUCCUCAAAAGCCAUUAAUGUCCCUGAUGCAGUUUUUUGGGCUGCAGAUCUUACUUUUCAAAGCUUCUGUUAGGUCAGUAAAUGUUCUAAAAGGGGAAAGAGGGAAGGUGGGGUAAUGUGUUUCAGAGGUAGGACAAGAAGAAGAUAUGAGGUAGAUAGAUAAUGUAUUGACAUUGAAACCGUGCAGCAAUGAAAUCUGAAAGUCUGUCCUAUGCUAAAAA